AUGACAACUUUAAAUCAAUCCAUAAAAAGAAAAAAACAAAACAAAAAAAAAAUAACUGUACUUAAUCAUAAUCCUCAACUAGAAGGAUUUCUCUGCAGCAUAAUAUCUAUGUCUCCUAAAAAACCGAAUUCUGCAAAAAGAAAAGUAGGUAUUAUUGAACUGAAAAAUAAUAAAAAAAUAAAAGCAUAUAUACCAGGAGAAAGAUCUGUAGUAAGAGAUAAAACUAGAGUUUUAAUAAGAGGAGGCAAUACAAGAGAUUUACCUGGUGUUAAUCAUAAAAUUGUUUUAAAUAUGAUGAAUUGUCGUGAAGAUAAACCAAGACAUAAUAAAAGAUCUAAAUAUGGUGUUAAAAAAAUUAAAGCGAAAAAACGUUGA